CUAAUAAUGCAUCCAAAAAAUAGCACACCGAAUUUCAACAUUGAUAAGUAAUUAAUUUCAAAGAAUUCUAACACCAACAGGUCUGUAUAAAAUUGUAAAUUAUAAUUUAAUAUUUAGUUAGUGUAUAUGAUGACUAUUAAUAUUAGAAAGCAAUAGAAAAAUUAGAUUCUAAAGAUUAAAUGUUUCAUUCACAGAUAUUUGAUUAAUCAGAAAACCUAAAACAAUAAGUAAUAAAUUUGCAAAGACAAAUAAAAAUAAAAGAACUUAGUUAUGAAUAGCUAGCUACUGCAUUUUAUUAAUAGCAGCAAAAUUUUGAAGAACUAAAAUUAGCUUUCUCUAAAAUGGAUGAUGAAAAAAAGUAUCUUCAAAAAGAAGUAAGAGAUUAAGUUGAAAAAAACGAGUUUAACUUAUUUGACAUGAAAUAAUUAUAAGAAAUAAAUACGUUAUUUCAAAAUGAAAAUACUUAAUUGAAAUUAGCAGCUGUUAAAGUAUUAAAUCAAUUUGAGUUAGCUUAAAGACAAUAUUAUAAAAUUAUAAAUUGACAACAAACAACUUAAAGAACAAAUUGAGACUUUGAUGACCAAUCCAAUCAGUUGUGAUAGGAAAGGUAGUUCACGUCUUUCAUUUGAUAAUUUAUUAAAUGAAGCAGACUAUAAUCAACCAUUUUAAGGAUAAUCAGGAAGUUCACUUCCAAAUGUUGAUAAAAAUUGUUUUAAUUCAAAAAAAAUUAUGCAUUUAUAAGCAGAGAUUAAAAAAUAUUAAGUACAAUUAUUUGAAAAAGACUAACUGAUAGCUAAAUUAACAGAAUAGAAUAUAGUACUUUAAAAAGCUUAAGUUAAAUAAUAAAAAUUUUAGAAAAAAUAAAAUCUUUUUGGAACUCCUGAAACAGAUAUAGCGAAAUAAGAUCUGAUAUUAGUUUAAGAUAAUAGUAAUGAUACUUCUCGAUAGCUAAAUGCAUAUUUAAGCGAUAAAAGAUAUAACAACAUUAAUAAUACUUAAGUUUCCUAAAUGCCAGUAAGUGUAUUUAAUAUAAAAAUUAGAUAAAGACAUCUUCAAGUGCAAGAUCUGUUUUAAUGAAUAAAUCUAAAAAAGAAGUAGAGUAGAUUUAUAAAAAAAUGAAUUAGUCUGCUCUUUAUACAGCCAGCCUAUAUUCGACAAUGCUUGAUUACAAAAAUCUGCAUGAAAAUUGUGGAUAAAUUAGAAACAACACUUAUAAUUAAAUAUAAUAGAUAUGA